GCAAACAAGCCAGCUACAAGAAACACCAUACACCAUACGCCAUGCCAUAGACCAUAGACCAGUCAGCAGUCACCGCAUAGUCAGUUAGUCACAUUAGAGCUUAACGCCGAGCACGAAUUUGCGCCUUGUGUGCGUCCUGCGUCCGAUCCGAUCGAAUCGAGUCGCGAAUUGAGUUGUAAUCGCUUUUCCGCAAUUCUCACUCAACCAGUUAGCCCGUUUACGUUAAUUUUUUUAUAUACGUAUUAAACGCAAUUAACGUCGAGUUUUAAUCACACUUAUUCGGGCCGGAACGUGUGUUGUGAAGUGAAGUGAAGUGACGUGAAGUGAAGUGAAAACGUUGACGCAUCAGCAUCAGAGUCGCGCGACUUGUGAUUACCACCUCGCCACAUAUGGUUAGUUGAAAGAGUAAGGACGACCGACCGACCAGCCAUGACUCAAGUACUCAAAACUCCGAUCUCAUUUUCCAGCACUUUACCAAAGGCUGGCGCUACCACGAGUACUAAUACAGCCAGUGCCAGAUCCAUCAAGCUGUAUGAAGCGAAACCACCUAGCAAUCUUCCAUCGAAACCGAUUGAUGCUGAAAAUUUGUUGGCGACUACUAAAGAAGAGGAAUGGGUAACAAAGAAAAAAACUGAACUAACCACCAAGAAGCAAAUAGAAACUCGAGUUAAACGCCAGGUCGUACUGGAAGAUGGCAAAGUGGUUGAAGACUCGGGACCUAUGGUCACCACCAAUACCACCGAAGAUACUGAGAAACAAGAGCAUCAACAAACUGAACACCGGCAAGUUGGCGAUGAUGAACCAUCGGCAUCGGCAUCGGAAGGAUGGGUAGCCGUUCCGGAUUCCUCCGGGUUAGUCAAACAAAUCAAAGAAAAUAAGGUUAAAAGCCGAGAAGAAACAGAAGAGCGUUUAGAAACAGAACAUGUUCAACAUUUGGGUGACAUAACUGACGACGCUUUUUUGAAAGCGGUUCAAAGUCAACGAAAUGAUGUGCGAUUAGCACUACGUCAAGGGAGUAGCGAAUUAUUGAAUACGACGUCACUGACGCCGUCCAACGGGCGAGUAGUUCAUCAUUCUUUGAAAAAUCGAAAAACAGUCGAUAAAGAAGAUACGAAACAUUUGAGCCGAGUGCAAAACGACGGAAGACUGAUUACAGAAGCCACAACUGUUACCGAACACGAGGAGGUGAAUAAUAUGGCCGAACCGGACGACGAAAGCGGCGAAAAUGCCGAAGAAGAUUACGAAACGCACGAAAAAAGCAGCCAAAGAUACAAGAAAAGCAAAGAACAAGAUUUGAUCGAGUACGUAGCGGAUGGCGUUAAAAUGGGACAGCAAGUUCGCUACGAGGCGGAAAACGUGGAAGGCGAUCGACACGGAAAUGCGGAUGGUCUGAAAACGCAGCCUCUCGAAUGGGAAAGUCUGUCGGAGCGGGUUCGAAGGAUGCGUAUAGAGAAACAGCUCAAGCUACAGGAGGCCGAAAGAAUGGACGCGUUAACGAGAAAACCUUUGAAUGCGGAUCAAGAAGAGCGAACCAGGAAGACGGAGACUUCGAAAUGGUUGGAGCAUCAUUUUGGCAGCGAAUCCAGAUCAUCAAAGAGUUCAUUGGACAGCGAUAAUGAAGAUGAGAAAGGCGGCGGCGGCGGCAGACGCGCCAAAAGAUCAACCAGCUUCAUAAAUGUAACUAUGAAAUCGACGAAACCUGCACGUACCCAAUCGCAGUCACAGUCGCAUUCGCCCACAACCCCUAUACCUACUACAACCUCUUACAAACGCGUAUCCACGCAACAAGACGACAAUAUUGGCCACGAUAUGAAAUCGACUAGCUCCGCCACUAAAAACGUAUAUGAAAUUCAGACAGGCAGCGUUAAAAAAAUUCAAGCCGAAGAACGGCCAUUUUCGCCAUCUCUAUUUCGACCGAUCGACAAGCUAGAGCAAGAGCAAACCAAAACGCCACCGCCGCGAUUUUAUACAACGCAGGGCUCAUCAUCUGCGUCUGCGUACAAUUCUAAAUCGGAAUCGUGCCCGUUAUACGCCUCUGUUCAACGCAAAUACCCUUCGUCGACGAUGUCAUCGUCUUCGUCUUCAUCCAUCGCCGAUAAGCAUGCGGCGACCAAAAAUUUUGGCCACGUACCGACUCGUCUAGUGCCAUCGCAAUCCAUCAAGAUUGAACCGCAUCGCGAACCUGAGAAGAAAUUUUCGACCGUUGGACGCGGACGCGAUAAGAGUAUUCUGAGUAAUUCUUGGAGUCGAUCUGAAAGACGUCUGGCUGAUAUUGGUAAUUCGCAUGUACACAACGAACCAGAUCCUGAUUACACGCCUCGAUUGAGGAAAAAGGUGCUUUCUACGCCGGACAUGCGUGCAACUUCGCCAACGUCACCACCGCCGAUGGAUGCUGCAAAAAAGAAAAUCUACCAAAAAACUCGUUUCGCGGCGGAUAUGCCCCUGGUGAAACGCUCCAAGUCGACCAGUCGUCCGGAACGAAAGUCCACCAGCGGUAGCGGCGGCGGCAGCAACAGCAGUGGUGGCGGCUUCGGCCAAACAUUUCGCAAAAUAAUAAGCAGAUUCCAUAACAACAAAGAAGGCGUAGAAAAGAAAGGCAAGAUAUUGAAAAAUCACAACGGCAACGGCGGCGGCGGCGGUUACUACCAGACUUUCGGCAACGUGGAUAAUCACAUCGCCGAUACGAAUUCGAACGUAGGUGAGAUGGAAAAAGGUGGGCGCGAAUCGCCACUACCAAAACAGGCGGCUAAGCAUUUUUCUUCGGAGCAACUGAACAAUGCGAACGUGGUUUCUAAAAAACGCGUUACCACGCCAUCGCCAUCGCCAUCGCCAUCGCCUUCGUCGUUCCUCAGAAGGUCUUCGGCGUUGACGAACGCGAACGCGAAUGCGAACCCGAUUACGUACAGUCAGACGUUGGAUCGAAAUUAUCGCUCAAACUCGUCCAAGAAUACGGAUACGAAUACGAAUACCAUCAGUAAUAGACAAUCGGAUGAAAUGUUUAAGCGACGUUCGCCCGUGCAGAAAUACUACUUGGGCGAGGAUCCGUUCAGAGGCAGCAUUUAUGGCAAGGAAAAAGAAUACGACGCGGCCGCCGCCAAACCUUUUAAAAGAAAACAAAAAAAUGGCAACGGCAACGAUCAAGAGAAGAAAAGCGUCAAAAGUCACAUAUUGAAUGGAAUGCAUAACAUUUUUGGAGGCCGCCUCAGCAGAUCGACUAGCAAACUUGGCUCAGAUUCCAAUCAGAAAUCUAAAAAAUCAGCUCAUAUCGAUUACACGAAUCGCGGUGGAAUACAGACGCUGCCGAGAAAGUCCAAGAAACAAGUUUACAUAAACGAUCCGAGCAGCGACCAGGAAAAUUUACAUUCUCGUAGAUCAUUGAAUCGAAAUUCCAGCAGCUUGAUCAACGUGUCGGUAAUAAACGGCGGAGGCAGUCGUAAUUCCACAUUCAGGUCAUCGCCGGAUAUCGUAGGUCCUGAAAAACCAGCUCGUACUUAUCGCACGUCCCUUCUGCGUAGCAAAAGUUUCAACGUACAACUAGGCCCUUAUGGGUACGAACGGUCAACGCGAUCGCCGGUAUUGGGGUUCAAGAGCAAUCCUCAGCUGCACAAACUUGAGGAAUCUCAGGCGCCAUUGAAAAGUCCCGGUAUCGUUACCAGUAUCAGUCGAAGUACCAGAGACUUGUCUAAAUCGGCUACCGAUACCGACGACGACCACCAUCACUAUUUCGAGCAUCAUCGAACCGGCGCCAAAGAUUAUUCCAAAAUUAACGGAUUCUCGUCGUCGUCGCCGUUAUACGAUAACUCUUCGUCGCGACGCUUAUUCCUCAAAGGGCUCAAAAGUAGAGCUCCCGAAUUAUAUAAAACUCUGCACGAAGACGACGAAUCCGAUUCGCCGUCGUCAUCGUCGUUGAUUCGAAAUGGCGGCAGACCUAAGCAAAGGCUACUAGAGUAUAGUAAUUCGUUCCACAGCGGCACUUUACCAUCGUCCAGAAAACCCACCGUUUCUUUCGAAUCAGACAAACAUCACUCUCAGUACUCGCCGGUAACGACGACCAAUCGUUCGCUGGUCACCGCUGCAGAUUCCAACAACAGCGACGAUUACAACGAAACGGUGCGUAUCACGUCCAAAUCGAACGAUCCGAUCAGACCGAGCGUCACAAACACCGUGCAGAGUUUCUCCAAGAAGACCAUACCGUCCAAAGACGGCCGGCUCGAGACUAUCGAAUCCAGCGAAACAACUAGAGUAACCAAAAGUCACUACAGAGGUGGCGCCGAAGCCGUCGAUAGCGAUACCGACAAAAAUACCACUUCGAACCGGUAUAAGAGUAAUAUGAAAAACGGCAAAAAUAAUGGCAAAAACGGCAGCGUCGUAAUCGAAGUACGAAACGACAGAAACUGAAUUUUGGCCCGAAUACAGGCCAAAGCCAUCGCUGCGCUCGCUGUUUUUUCUUCAAUGGUUUUUUCCUUGUUUUGUUUUUGUUUCGUUCGUUCGUUCGUUUCUUUGUUUUUUUGUUUGUGUGUUUUUUCCCCUUUUCUUUCUCUCUUUUUUUUUUUACAAAUUUAUGUACCUAUCUACCUUCACAUAUCGUUACGUUACUAUAGGUAGGUACCUAUAGAUUAUACCUAUAUAAAUGUACAUGUUGUAUCGUUAUAAACGCUACGAGCUACACUGAUCGACAAAACGUAAAUAUUUGUCGUCCUAGGUACCCUAGUAAUUAAUCUUUUUGAACAGAUCCCUACUCGCUAGUCCUUACAUAAGUACGCGGUAUGCGUAAGUACCUAAGUAUAAGUUUAUAAGUAAUACGAGCUAAUUCUUCUCUACGUAGUACCUUACCUACGUAGAUAGAUAAUAUUAUUACCUAUUAUACCUAUAUGUAUGUAUUGUAUCGAAGUUGGCUUUCAUCGUCGGUCUCGGUACCUAUUAUCGAUAGAUAGGUAUUGGCUAUGUAGGCCGAUGUGUAUAUUGUACAAAAAUAUACACAUUUGCAUCUAUGUGUACUACCUACACUUCCUGCUUAACUUUUUAACUUGAAUAUUUUUUAUUUAUGUGAAAUUUUUCAAAUGUGCCAUUUGUAUGAUUUGCAACGUUGUGAUAAUCAAAUAAAAGAAAAAAAAGAUUUAUAAAAAAUAAAUUUUAAAAAAAUACCGUAAAAAUUAAAGUACAUAUGUUGAUGAAAAGCAAGGGUAAACGAAACCAAAAUACCUAAAAUGUAGAUUACUCGUAAAUUAUACCGUAAUAUGUAGGUAGGUAUCUACUCGUAUUACGUGUAUGUAGUAUAUUGAAUAUUCGCACGUCAACUGUCAGUACUCAGUAGUAUACUUUUACAUAGCCUAAUUAUAUAAUAGGUACCUAUCUGAUUUUGACUCACAUUUUAUUUUUCUCGAUUUUUCAACCAAAUUAACCUUAUUUGUACGAGUACAACAACCAAUAAACACGAAUUUGAUUUUCUA